CCCGGAUGCCCCCCGUCGCCAGCGUGAAGCCUACUGCUCUGCCGGGGAGGAGGAGGAGGAGGAGGAGGAGACGGAGGAGAGGAAGGUAGCUGUGUAAAGUUGGGUGGCAGGCAGAUCCAGAGGGUAUCAUGAAGUUUCCAGGCCCCUUGGAAAAUGAGAGAUUAUCUUUCCUUCUGGAGAUGGCAAUCUCUAGGGAAGCCCAGAUGUGGAAGGUUAAUGUGCUCAAAAUACCUACCAAUCAGAGCGUUUCUCCAGCCCAGAGGGAUGAGGUUGUCCGGUGGUUGGCCAAGCUUAAGCACCAGUUCAACCUUUACCCAGAAACACUGGCCUUGGCGAGUAGUCUUUUGGACAGAUUCUUAGCGACUGUCAAGGCCCGUCCAAAAUACUUAAAUUGUAUUGCAAUCAGCUGUUUCUUCCUAGCUGCUAAGACCAUUGAGGAGGAUGAGAGAAUUCCAGUGCUGAAGGUGUUGGCCAGAGACAGUUUCUGUGGCUGUUCUUCAUCGGAAAUUCUGAGAAUGGAGAGAAUCAUUUUGGAUAAGCUGAAUUGGGACCUUCAUACAGCUACGCCAUUGGAUUUCCUUCAUAUUUUUCACGCAAUUGCAGUGUCAACCAGGCCCCAGUUACUGUUUGGCUUGCCCAAACUGAGCCCGUCUCAGCACCUGGCGGUCCUUACGAAGCAGCUCCUCCAGUGUCUGGCCUGCAGCCAGCUUCUGCCAUUCAAGGGGUCCAUGUUAGCUCUCGCCAUGGUCAGUUUGGAGAUGGAGAAGCUUAUUCCUGACUGGCUUGCUCUUACAAUUGAGCUGCUCCAGAAGGCACAGAUGGAUAGUGCCCAGCUGAUCCACUGUCGGGAGCUUGUGGCGCGUCAGCUCUCUCUUCUCCAGUCUUCCCUGCCUCUCAAUUCUGUAUAUGUCUACCAUCCUCUCAAGCACAACCUGGCGACCUGUGACAGAGGAGUGUUCAGAUUGCACCCCUCCUCUGCCCCGGGCCCAGACUUCUCCAAGGACAACAGCAAACCAGAAGUGCCAAUCAGAGGUACAGCUGUCUUCUACCAACAUCUGCCAGCUACCACUGGAUGCAAGCAUGCCUCUGCUAAACGCAAGGUGGAAGAAAUGGAAGUAGAUGAUUUCUAUGAUGGAAUCAAGCGUCUCUACAAUGAAGAUAAUGCUUCAGAAAAUGUGGGUUCUGUGUGCAGCACUGAUUUAUCAAGGCAAGAGGGAAAUGCUUCCCCUUGUCCACCUUUGCAGCCUGUUUCUGUCAUAUAGUAACAGUAAGUAUUACCUCUAAGUAAGCUGAGGAAAGCUACUCUGGGAACAGAAACAUGCAAAAGCAAGCAAAGAUGUAUAAGGGGCGUACCUUGUCAGGCUGAACUGAAGUGAGCCAGAAAAACCUUGUUUUCCUUUGCGGCUAAUUCACCUAUUAUUGAAGCACUUAAACAUCUAAAAAGUAGAAAAAAUUAUAAAAGACCCAAAAAAAAUCAAACAAAAAAAAGUAGCAUAAAGUUUCUUUGUAGUUCCAGUUCUCUGCUAAAAUUUAAUGUAACUGUCGUCCAUGUCAAAGUUCAUAUUUAGUAUUAAGAAAAUUCAAAAUUUGUUAGCCAGAUGGAGCCUGUUUAAUUUCCAUUUCUUCUUGCUUCAGCCUGCUGUUUCCUUUAACUUAGCCUUGUGCGUGUUGUUUUGUCCUUUGACUUCCAGUAAAGAGAUCACACCAGAAAAUUGUUUCCUUUAGCACUUUGGUGUUCAGAGUUGUUGCAAGUGAUGGAUGGCCUGGAUUCAGAUUUUUACUAGUCUGAAAAAGGUGCCUCCAGACUUGAGCUUGUGUUAAGAGCUAGCCGAGGUGCACAGAAGCCACCAGCCACACUGAUUAGGAUUUCAAGAUGGGUGUAAAAAAGACUGGGUCCUUUGGAUCUCUUGAGAUUGGAAACUAAAUUAUUGUGUAAAAAAAUUUUUAAAUCUUAAGUGAAACCUUAGAGUAAAAUGUGAUUAGGGCAGUCUUAAUUUAGAUUUCUAAAAGUCACUUUUAGAAUUUGUAAAAAAAAAAAAAGUCUGUGAUAAAGUUAUUCAUAUUUUGGGGGUGCAUCAGAUAAACUGCUGUUUUGUAACCAAUCAUACUUUUCACUUGAUUAUAAUCAGUAAGAGAUACUGCUUGUCUAGAUGUGGGAGCAGUUGUACGAUUUUGAAUCUUGAAUGUGUUUAUUAUCAACUUCAGUACCUAAAGUUUUAUGUUGUUUGAACUAAGAAAAUCCUGAUAGCUUUUUCCCUCCCUGUGUAUUAUCUCUUAAUGACCCCUCCUGGAUCUUGAGCUCUCUCCACAGUCUGAAGAAGGUAUUGCACUCAGAACCAUUGUACUGAUGAAAGCCUUCUGGUAGCAAUAAAAAGUUGUCCUUGCCUCUG